AAAAAUCUUCGAAGUUCAGAUUUCCUUAGCUUAGAAGAGAAGUACUUUCUGAAGAUGUCUGGGCGUGGAAAGGGCGGUAAGGGUUUGGGAAAGGGAGGAGCGAAACGACACCGUAAGGUCCUCCGGGACAACAUCCAAGGCAUCACGAAGCCGGCCAUUCGCCGUCUGGCUCGCCGUGGUGGAGUGAAGCGUAUCUCCGGUCUCAUCUACGAGGAGACUCGCGGCGUCCUCAAGAUCUUCCUUGAGAAUGUCAUCCGCGAUGCUGUUACCUACACCGAGCACGCUCGCCGGAAGACGGUCACCGCAAUGGACGUCGUCUAUGCUCUCAAGAGACAGGGCCGCACCCUGUACGGAUUCGGCGGUUAGCUUUUCUUAUCGGCGGUGUAUAUUUUGGUGUUCUAUUCUGAAUCAAUCUCAGAUUUAUUGUGACAAUGUUACUCUGAUUUCAAUUCAAUGAAUUUCAGUUCUUAUGAAUUCUCAAUUUUCUUAAUUUUAUAUCUUCUAUUUGACUCUUCGUUGCAAUUCGUAAUAUUUGUAAAAUGGUUUAUGAAAAGUUUGUUCAAAGGAAAAUAUUUGGUGAA